AUGUCGAAGCAAGUUGUCUUUACGAAGAACGCGCCCGCAGCGCCACCAUAUGCCUCGCAGGGCAUCAUCUGCAAUGGGGUUGUUCACUGCUCAGGUAGUCUUGCAUUCGAGACUGGCACAAUGAACAUAAUUCCUGGUGGGAUCAAAGCCGAGACUCGGCAAAUUCUCAAGAACCUCGAUGCGGUGCUCAAAGAAGCUGGAAGUAGCCUUGCCGAAGCAAUCAAGGUCAAUGUCUUCAUUGUUUCAAUGGACGACUUCAUGGGCAUGAACGAAGCGUACGACGAGUUUUUCUCAGGGUUGCCGCAAAAGCCGUGCCGAACUUGUGUUGGGGUCCACGAACUGGCCCUUGGUGCCAAAGUGGAGAUCGAUUGCUCGGCUGUUGUUACAACAACGCGCUCUAAACUGUAG